CUCGAGGGCCGCCUUGCCUCGCCUCGCCUCGCUAUUAACCUAGUGCCCACCUGCCAUCGACGGACGGCACUUGACGUCGUCCUUUGAUCCUUAAUUAGACCCCUCCCCAGGCAGACGCUGCUCAGCUAGUCGUCUUUGCCUACUCCACCGUCCUCCAACAGGGCGAUCACCUCCGCUGCUCGGUCCAACCCGUGCAAACCCCUCAUCCCCCCCCCUUCCCCCUUCACCCCCAGCACACAGCUCUUGCUGUUUCCUCUUCGUGGCCUAACCCGCGUCGAUCAAUCCCUCUCGCACUCUUCUCUUUACCCCCUCUUGGAAUCCCUCAGCUUCAUCGCCAUGUCUUCUACCACCCCCGCUUCCUCUUCCUUCCCCGCUGCCAAGCGGUCGCAUGCCGGGGCUGGCAUCCUGCCGAAUGCGCUGGGCGCUGUGGGCAACACGCCCCUUAUCCGUCUCAACCGCAUCCCCCAGAGCCACGGCAUCAAGUGCAACGUCUUGGUCAAGUGCGAGUACUUCAAUGCCGGUGGCUCUGUCAAGGACCGCAUCGCACUGGCCAUGCUCACCGAUGCCGAGUCGCGCGGCCUCCUGACGCCUGGCAAGUCGGUCAUCGUCGAGCCCACGUCGGGCAACACGGGCGUUGGCCUGGCGCUGGCCUGCGCCAUCAAGGGCUACCGCUGCAUCAUUGUCCUCCCCGAGAAGAUGUCGGCGGAAAAGGUGACGACGCUCAAGGCGCUCGGUGCCGAGGUCGUCCGCACGCCCACCGAGGCCGCCUGGGACGACCCCCGGUCCAACAUCAUGGUCGCCCGUCGCCUCGCCCGCGAGACGCCCGAUGCCCACAUCCUCGACCAGUACAACAACCCGCACAACCCCUUGGCCCACCGCGUGACGGCCCAGGAGAUCAUCGACGAUGUCGUCGCCACGGCCGCCUCGGGUGGUGCCGUCGACAAGGGCGCCGCCGUGCUCACGCCCGAUGCCUCGCCACCGCACCGGGCCAUGCGCGUCGAAGAGGGCGUGUCCAGGCUCAAUAUCGUCGAUACCUCGCCUGCCGACACGACGCCUUCGGGCCUCGUCGAUGUCCUCGUUGCCGGUGUGGGCACGGGCGGCACCAUCAGCGGCAUUGCCAAGCGUCUCCGCGAGCAGGACCACAACCCUGAUCUCUUUGUCCUCGGCGUCGAUCCCGUUGGGUCGACGCUCGCCAUGCCAGCCUCGCUCAACGAGCUGUCCGAGGGCGAGAGCAGCGCAUACAAGAUCGAGGGCAUCGGCUACGACUUUGACCCGGCCUCGCUCGACAAGAACCAAGUUUCGCACUGGCUCAAGACGCGCGACGAAGAGUCGUUUGACUAUGCCCGACGCCUGAUCCGCCAGGAAGGCCUCCUCUGCGGUGGAUCGAGCGGCAGCGCCGUCGCCGGUGCCAUGCGCUUCCUCCAGCAGGGCGGCGAGGGAUGGGACCGCUUCGGCUCCCAGGCCGGCAAGAACGUCGUCGUCGUCCUGCCCGACAGCCUGCGCAACUACAUCACCAAGCCCUGGCUUCUCGAAGGAAACGAGGGCGAGGCCCACGCUUGAUUGUUGAGGUCGUGCUGCUCCUGGCACCAGGACCCGCCGUUUCUUUCUCCUCUCUUUUUUUUUCUUCUAAAUAUCCGACCCUUUCAACACCGGGUCGCUGCCCACCUUCCCCCCUUUUUCCCCUCCCUCCCCCUUUGAAGCCAAGCUUUCCAAGACACAUCACCCAAGAAGAACGAGAAGG